UGUGUCGGUUCCGUUUUUAUCAUUCUCUCACUAUCUCUCUCUCGCCUUCUGAUCUCGGCAUGUCGGUUCCUUAUUAGUUAGCCAAAUUCCUUAUUCACUUCACUGCCUCUCGUCUACUAAGCCAAACAAGCCAAUAGCCAAAACUUAGGGAUCAAGUUCAAACGCCUAUCCUCUCUCUCUCUCUCUCUCUCUCUCUCUUUCUCAAAAGAUCUGAUCUGCUUCUCUCUUUCUUUUUGCUACUGUUGUUGAUUUGAUUUCAGUAAACUUCGCUGGCUUUGUUUCAGAUCUCUUCCUUAAAUUCAGUAUUUCCAUCAACUGGAAUUCUGAUCGAUCCUCAUCUCAUGCACUCUCUUGGUGUCACAGUUUAUCCUAUUAAGCUCCGUGUCUCAUCUUCUCGAUAGUUCUACUCAAAUGAUUAGGGUUUUCAAAUUUAGAGAAGGCAUUUCUGUAGUUUAGAGAGCCCACUUAGUUUCAUCUGUUCAAUCCAGCUUUCUAGGUUUUAUUUUAGGUUUUUGGGUGAGGUGGCGGAGAUAAUGGAUCUGAGUGAGAAAAUAUGUGGAACAGAGACAGAGUAUGAGGAGAUGAAUAUCAAAUGUACAGAAGCGGUUUCAUCAGAAGAGGGCCAGGUGAACGAUCCAAAGAAGAGCUGUACUGACUGUGGGACUACGAAAACCCCCUUGUGGAGAGGCGGUCCAGCUGGGCCUAAGUCACUCUGUAAUGCUUGCGGGAUCAGAUACAGAAAGAAAAGGAGGGCUCUCCUUGGGCUGAACAAAGGAGGAGUUGGAGGACAAAGGAAGGUGAAGAAAGAGGAGAAAAAUAUCCCAAACAAGAAGCAGCUCGGCGUAUCUCUAAAGCUGAGAUUGGUAGAUUUAGGGAGGGAAGUCUUUCUAGAAAGAUCAACCAUGAAGAAACAGAGGAAGCUGGGAGAGGAAGAGCAGGCGGCCGUGCUACUGAUGGCUCUAUCUUGCGGCUCUGUUUAUGCCUAAACAGUAAACAGCCCAUGAGAUUUUUCCUCUUUUUUUUUUUUUUUUUUUUUUCUUGUUUUCUUUUGGGGUGUUUUCGGGGCAUUAGAGAGAGAAGAAAUUGGCAAUAUUUUUCUUUUUUUCGCUAAAAAGGGUCAAAUACUGUACUGUACUAUUACUUUUCUGCGUAAAUAUAUCCAUAAAUUUUCCAUUUAUUAAUUUGAAUAAUGGCUUGAGUUCCUGCCA